UACAGACAGAGUUGGUUACAGCUCCAAGCGGAUUGCGGAGUUUCUUUCUCCCCACAGAGGGAAGGAGAAAAAGUUUGAAGCAAGCUUGCUCCUUGCUAUUUUAUUUCCUCCCAGUUGCUUAGUGCAGGCGCCUCUCUCCUUUUUUUUGCAUGAAUCUCCUCAAUCCCUUCCUGAAAAUGACAGAGGAACACGAGAAAGCUCUCUCAGACGCGCCCAGCCCGACUAUGUCUGAGGAGUCGACCGGUUCCCCAUGCGGAUCUGGCACAGGGUCGGACGCCGAGGAUACCAAACCCAGCCACGGCGACCAGGACGAUCUGUGCAGUCAGAGUCUGGACUCCAAGAAAGAGGAAGACGACAAGUUCCCGGCGUGUAUCCGGGAAGCCGUGACCCAGGUGCUGAAGGGAUACGACUGGACGCUAGUGCCCAUGCCAGUCCGUGUCAAUGGCUCAUCCAAGAACAAACCUCAUGUCAAACGACCCAUGAAUGCCUUCAUGGUUUGGGCUCAGGCCGCGCGCAGGAAGUUGGCGGACCAGUACCCUCAUCUGCACAAUGCAGAACUGAGCAAAACUCUCGGCAAACUCUGGAGAUUGCUUAAUGAAGGUGAAAAGCGCCCUUUCGUGGAGGAGGCCGAGCGGCUACGAGUUCAGCACAAGAAGGAUCACCCCGACUACAAAUACCAGCCGAGGCGGAGGAAAUCGGUGAAGAACGGCCAGGGGGAGAGCGAAGAGGGAACGGAGCAGACCCACAUCACCCCCAAUGCUCUGUUCAAAGCCCUGCAGGCGGAUUCGCCGCACUCCGCCUCCAGCAUGAGCGACGUGCAUUCCCCCGGGGAACACUCAGGACAAUCCCAGGGGCCGCCGACACCGCCCACCACGCCCAAAACUGAGAUCCAGCCCGGCAAACCAGACCUGAAGCGUGAGGGUCGCCCCCUACAGGAAGGAGGCAGGCAGCCUCACAUUGACUUCAGCAACGUGGACAUCGGAGAGCUCAGCAGCGAAGUCAUGUCCAACAUGGAGACCUUCGACGUCAACGAGUUUGACCAGUACCUCCCACCCAAUGGGCACCCGGGAGUUCCAGGCACACACCCCAGCCAUGGGCCCAGUGCCCAGACCAGCUACACCGGCAGCUAUGGCAUCAGCAGUACCUCGGCCAGCCAGACAGCUCACCCCUGGUUGUCGAAGCAGCACGCCAUGACGAGCAUGGCCAGCGAGCAGGGACAGCAGCAACGGACGCACAUCAAGACGGAGCAGCUGAGCCCCAGCCACUACAACGAGCAGCAGCACUCGCCGCAGCAGAUCAGUUACGGCUCCUUCAACAUGCAGCACUACAGCUCUUCCUACCCGUCCAUUCCUCGCACCCAGUACGACUACCCAGACCACCAGAAUACCAACUCCUACUACAGCCACGCCGCGGGACAGACCACGGGCCUCUUCUCCACCUUCACCUACAUGAACCCCUCCCAGCGCCCCAUGUACACGCCCAUUGCAGACACCACAGGGGUCCCGUCCAUCCCCCAAACCCACAGUCCACAGCACUGGGAGCAGCCAGUCUACACACAGCUGACCAGGCCUUAAUGACCCACUGGUCUAGACUUGAGCGCACACAAGGUUGUUGAUGGGGACCCACAGAGAGGUGCUCCCUGCACUAACGUGAACUGCUGUGAGAAGUGACCAGAGUGUCCUACCACAAAGUGCUUUGCCGUGUCAAUUCAGUACUGGUGACUGAACUGACUGCUAAAACAAAUAAAACAUUCAACAUUGCAUGACUGAAAGUUAAAGGCAAGUCAUUGAAUGAACAAGUCUGAACAAUCAAGUCAGCUGGUUUGGUCAUUUCCUGUGUUUGGACUUAUUAUUUUGUAGUAUUGAACUCCUCUGUGAGGAGAAUUUUCUUUAAUUUUUUUGAAUUUAGUAUGUACUGUGUAUGAGUCAUUGCCAUUUGCAGAGUGGGGAUUUAUAUAUGUUUUAGCAAAUGAAACCUCUUAUUUUGAAAGAUCAAAUGCCAAACCACUUUUGGUAGAAUACUUAACGGUUUGCUAUUGCCAUAAGGCCUAUUUUUUUAUGAAAUAGUAUCUUUUUCACUCUAUUUGCAAUGUCAGUUUUGAAAAAAAAAACAUGUUCCUGCAAUUCCAGUCAAAAAGUGAUCACAGGUCAAUGCCAGAAUAUAACAAGAGGAAGGGAUAGGUGAAUGUUUGUACCAAUUUAAAGCGGGAAUGGCAAUUUAUUUUUACAGUAGAGGUACUGAUAGUUUCAGCAGGCCUCCCCACACACAGUGUCAUAUGCCGUGUUAUGGGAAGGAAUAGAUAUUGAGGUGGAUUGAGUUUCUGAGCAUUCCUGAGCUGAGAACCACAUCAUCCAAGCAUUAGGUAGCGAGUCUGCAGCUGACAUCCAGCUUCCUGCAUGAGAACUUGUGUAUUACAAAUACAGGAAAUGUCUUUAACCCUCUGAGUGCACUAUGUGUUGUGCACAUAUGCAGUGCGACAAAUUCCGCAGUUUUUAAAGUCUUAAAUACUGUCAAAUCCUCACUGGUGCUGCAAAAAUUGAAUUGGACAGCAUGAUGAAUACUAGUUACUAUCUUAUGCAAAGGAUUUAUCCCCGUGUCUUGGAGAGUCCAUUGCUGUUUUAGUGCUCAGCAGGGAAGAGCUGUAAGUGAACUCCCGAAACAUGGUUUAAAAACUGUAAACAUUAUUUAUCUUGUAAAGUUUCUUAUUAAAGUGCUUUUUUUUACAUCUUGUACUUAGUUCUUUACUGUACAGUUGUGUGGAUGCUAAAAUGGAAGAACUCGACUUUAUUAAGCUGAUCAGAAAUGUGUAAAGACUGGAAGAUAAUUUUCAAAGAAUAAAAGAAAUUGCAAAUGUAGUUUACAGCAUUUGCUAAUUGCUUCAGCUACUACUUUUUGCUAACUAGAAAAAAUAAAAAAAACUUUUAUAACUUUUUUUACCUGAUAUUUACAAAAAUCUCUUAAAAGUUUUCAAUCUAUUUUCAUUAUGCUGUGGCAUGGUUGAACAGAUCGCUUUUUAAAAGAAAAGACAACAGGCAUUCAGAAAUAUAUAUAUUUGUUAACAGUUUUAAUGGAAAAGUGUCAUAGGGAUUCAGUAGUACAGAAUUCAGUUACUCUGUAAUAUGGCUGAAACUCUUAUUUCUGUAUAAAAGUUGGACAUUAAAGUAUUUCUGUAACUUAAAACUAUCAAAUCAGAUAUUUUGCCUUUAGGUGAGUUUGAAAAGACCUGUCUUUAAAGAAACUUACCUUUUGUACAUUAUUGUUUGCAAUAAAAAAGAAAUGUA